AAACUCACUAUGAAGCUAGCAAUUGUUACUGUAUCCUUGAGCGCCCUUGUGGCUUUCGCUGCCGCUGAUACCUGCGCGUCUGCUUGGGGACAAUGUGGAGGUAUUGGUUGGACAGGACCUACAUGCUGUGCUUCAGGAAGUACUUGUGUCGCUCAAUCUGGAAACCCUUACUACUCUCAAUGUCUACCUGGAACUGCCAGCUCCUCUACUUCAACAACUACCAAGGCAACUACUACAUCGUCAACUAAAACCUGUUCGUCAGUGUAUGGUCAAUGUGGAGGCAAAGGAUGGACCGGCCCUACAUGCUGUGCUUCUGGAAGCUCAUGCAUAGCUCAGGCCGGUAAUGUAUAUUACUCUCAGUGCCUUCCCAAGUCUAGCGGUAACCAGGAUGCUGCUAAGACUACAACUAAGCAUAAGACUACUACUACCACCAAGAAAUCCACCCACAAGGCAUCUACCACUACGAAAAAGACCACUAAGAAGUCUACUACUACUUCAAAAAAGGCCGUUACUACAAAGAAGUCAACCACCACAAAGAAGACAACCACCUCCUCCAAAAAGGCUACUGCUACAUCCGCCGCCAAGGCAUCUUCAUCCUUGACUCCUGUCUCUGGAGGAAAGUCUGGAACUGGCACCACCACGCGCUAUUGGGAUUGCUGCAAAGCCAGUUGUAGUUGGUCUGGUAAAGGAAGCGUUACUGCUCCAGUGAACAGCUGUGCUGCCAACGGAGUAUCUGUAUUGGGCCCUGAUGUCACAAGUGGUUGCAACGGCGGCAGUGCUUACAUGUGCAAUGAUCAACAGCCUUGGGCAAUCAACGACAACCUCGCAUACGGUUUCGCUGCGGCUACCAUUGCUGGUCUCACCGAGCAGGACUGGUGCUGCACAUGUUACGCUCUGAAGUUCACUUCCACAUCCAUUGCUGGAAAGACUUUGGUUGUUCAGGUCACCAACACUGGUGGUGAUUUGGGUAGUAACCAGUUCGAUUUGCAGCUUCCUGGAGGUGGUGUUGGUAUCUUCAACGGAUGUCAAUCACAAUGGAACGCUCCUAGUCAAGGCUGGGGAGCUCAAUACGGAGGUGUAUCAUCUCUUUCUGACUGCUCAAGCCUUCCCAGUGCUUUGCAACCCGGUUGUAAAUUCAGAUUUGGUUGGUUCGAGGGUGCAGAUAAUCCGUCUGUCUCCUUUGAGCAAGUUGUGUGUCCUGCUGAGCUUGUUGCUAAAACUGGCUGUGCCCGGAAGUAAACUAUAGACUGGCUGAAAUCUUUUGCGGGGUGGUGCUCAUGCUUGACUCGAAAGAUGUCUACGAGGUCGUC